GCUGUUGGUAAAGUAGUUGUAUCAGUACCAGUUAACUGUCUUCAAGUUAAAUUACCCUCUGUUGUAAGAAAUGUCUCGAGUUCACGCAGAAAGCGUGAUUAAAAGCAUUAUCCGUCGGAUAGUGCAGGAGUGCGCAGAGAGAGGACAGGCGGUGUCCGACACUUUGGUGGCGUUCAUGGCGAAAGCUGUUGUGCUGGACCCAAGAAAUGGCUUUCAUGUUGAUCGAACAUUGACCAAACAAGACAUCCAGAACCUUGAAGAGCUGUGCCUGGAUAAACUGAUGGCAAAGUGCAGCCCAUCCCUUGACACAAUCAAAAUGCAAGUGUAUUUUGACAUGAAUUACACCUCCAGACGUGAGUUUCUUGAGGAAAUCCACCAGGUGGUGGAGUCCAGGCUGAGUGCAGUGAGCAGAGAGAUCACUGACAGCAGAGUGAAGACACGGGAGGAAUUAGACGCUCUGUACCAUAAAAUCAUCACCUAUAUCCAGCUGCGCUCUGGCAUGGGCUCACCGACAGAUGUCACCAGUGUGCAAGAGGCUGCAGCUGCUCUGCAAAGCGUCUUCCCUCAGACUGAACUGGGAACCUUCAUGGUGCUCUUAAAGAGGGACAAAGAGCAGCAGCUUAGAGAGCUCACCAUGACCGUCACAGGGAUCCAACUCUUCAACAAAGCCAGCAAGAAGGGAGGCAAGGAGACUGACAUCCAAGAACUAAUGCCUGCAAUUCUUAGUGAAACUCUUCCAGUCACCAGUAAGAGGUUAGAAAAAGAGCUGAGCGUGUCACAGACUUUGGUGUGGAAAUACACAGCAGUGCUGGAGAAGCUAACAAAGCCUGACAGUCAGCCUGGAGACCAUGAUGUGCCCAUUGUCCUGCUCAGGCAGGCUCUGUACAAUGUCAGGCAGCAUGAAGUGUUCCUGAAAAUGUUACUGGCUGAUGCAUGUUUAUGUGCCAAGCAUGUUGAAAUCCUGCAGGAUGAGUUCUCAUCUCAGAUAAAGCUGCUGAAACAAACUGUGCAGUCAAAGACAGCUGUGCACACUGCACAAGUUUUUCCACUGUUCAAGUCCCUGUCAAAGGUGUGGUGUGGACUUCAGGAUGAGGCUGAGCUGCUCAACAUCCUCAGUAACAUCAUGCACAACCUGCAGCCUUUCAUUGCCUCUCAGGCCGAGCUUUUUUCGGAGGCUUAUUUGGACGGUCUGCUGGAUAUGUCUGAGGUGAAGACAGACCAACAGAGAAUGACUGAGUCGUCAGAUGAGCGUAUUAUUCCAGCUGAGAUGAAGAGGCAGGAAUGGCUCCUGCCUGAAACAACAGCCAGUUUUAAUGAGCUGCCACUACAGUAUGAUGGAGUCUGUGGCUACACGCUUGUGAACAGAGACGGGCUUCUACUUCCAGGUAAUCCACACAUUGGAGUCCUCAAACAUAAGGAGAAGCUCUAUGUUUUUAGUUCCAAAGAAGCUGCGCUAAAAUUUGCCUCCAGUCCAGACAACUUCAUUGCAGAGGUGGCAGAGAAAGCCAAGCAUUCCCCUGAACUCAUCCAGCUCCUCAAACUCCACCAGCAGUUUUCCUGUGUCAGUCCUUACCCAGAGAUGCAGCCAGGAGAGAGUUUAUUGGUAAAACCCAUCACCAAGUGUGAGGGCGGCACACAGACAGACCUUCACCCAGUGGAGACAAAUAUCGUCAAGUCAUAUGAGUGGAAUGAGUGGGAGCUGCGGAGAAAAGCCAUCAAACUGGCAGAUCUGCGGACCAAAGUGACACACUCAGUGCAGACUGACCUCAGCCACAUGAGACGGGAAAAUGUCACACAGACCUGGCUGCCCAAGAACGCUGCCUGUCAAAGCAAAAGAGACAGUGAGAGCAACGUGCCCAAACCUCAGACCUACCUGGCUGGUCUGAGGGGACAAAGAGAUGGACACGUGGUCAAAACAAACCUGACCAGGUCUGUGGAUGAAAAAUGAAGGUGCCCAAACAACAGUCAAUGCAAGUACAUUAUUGUCUUUAUUCAUCUUGGUCCUGUGUUACUUGAUGAGGACAGGAGGAGUCUGCACACAAGGAUAAAAGCAGAGCCAGAUAAAGUAGCAGUUUCAAGUGUUCCUCACAUGCAUUUAUUGAAUUGUAUGCAUUAUGUAUGUAAAGCUAUGGCUUUCAGAGCUUUUCAAAAUGGCUGAUUUAAAUGCAAGCACAUUAAUAGGUUAGUAAGCUGUUCAGGCUGGAACGUAAGACAAGCACAACCCCCAUAACCUAGUCAAAAAUCCUGUACAAGUUUGGCCCAAUGCAUUAUGGUUAGAAACACUGAAUGUAAACAUUGUUUACAAGAAAACUUCAAGGUAACAUUAGGAAGACCACUGCAUGUUGUGAUGAAUUCAUGAAGAAAACUGUUUUUCAUGCCUCCAUGGUGAACAGAGAAUCCGAAAAUAGCAAUGAACAGUGGUUACCGGGGAUCACAUUUAGCCUAAUAACAGCAAAACUAUAUCAAAACAUCUGUUUCCAAACUCUCACACAACUCGUGUAGAAUAAUCCAUGUCACAUUUAUCAAGUCAUAGCUCAGUACUUCCCAAACACAUGUCUUUUCACUAAAAUGCCUGAGAGUAGCGCACCCUGGGCGUACCUGAGCACUAGCAUGCAUAUGAGUUGUUGUGAAAAGUUGUGAAAAUGCACAAGUUUGGGAAGUCCCAAGUCUGAGUUUACGACUGAAUAAAUGAGACUUGGAUUAUACUGCACAAGUUGUGUGAGGGUUUGUAAACAGACAUGGCCUCCAUUUACUUAAAUCCAUGAAGAAUGUUUGCCUUUUUUGGAUUCUCUGUCAACAUGGAGGCAUGCGAGAAAAACAAUAUCUUCAUGAAUCAUUCCCUAAAUAAAUUAUUGUUUCCAAAUGGACAUUCUCACUAUUUUCACUGAAAAUGAGUGGUGCUAACAAGGCUCAGAGCUAACAAGCAACAGCCUGGUCAUUCUGUUUCCAUUUGGCAAGUAGAGAUACAGAGGUAUCUGCUGAUGUACCACCAGACUAGACAGUAGCAUCUUUCCUCAAGCUGUAAGACUCCUCAACUCCUCCCCUGUACUCCAUCGUAAAACAUAGUUUUAACAUCCAACAUGUUCUGUUUAUUUCUUGUGUAGCAUAAAGGGACUACAACUCCAAUAUCCGUGCGCAACCCUGCGAUAUAGAAUGACAGAAAAUGAACCUUGUAAAUUAGCCUCUAAGGUCUUGAUGACGCCAUCAGGGUUAUUUUGUCAGAAUUCACAAAGCUCCAUUUCACAAAGUUUUAGGGUUUUUUUCUUUUUUAAUUAAUCUUUUUUUCCCUAAUUUCUCCUUGAGUGUUGUAUAGUUGUAUGGUUUUAUCUCCUUGCUGUCUUUGUAUCUGCUCCUGAAUUGUAAAGCACUUGCACUGCAUUCUGCAGCUAUAUAA